AGUGGUAUUGGUGCAUGUACAUACUGGUCGAUAUAUUGACGGUAUUGACAGGAGUCUUGUCAUCUGUCAAAUGUGUGCAAAUGUGUCAUCAACAAUAAAACUUGUCAAAACAAACAAAAAAAAAAACACCUAAAUUUCGAACAAAAAUUAAAUUUCGUAAGAAAUACUAUGACAACAAAGUUUAUCAAAUAAAAAAAUUGAUUCUAGUUAAACAAACAAUAAAUAAUUAAAAAUGUAUGAUUGGCAAGUACUGGGUGGUGGUUUAAGUGUAAGAUACUGAUAAAAAUAACAAGCUGCAAUAAAAAAAAUUCGCAGCAACAAAUAAACACUUAAAAAAAUACUAAAAAAAACAAUAAACAAGAUGUUGUUAAUAUUUAAUAGCGUUAAAUCAACAUUACUAUUAUUGUUGAUAUAUUUAUUAUCAAUAAUAAUUGUUGAGUCAACUCAUAUAAGUGGUACAUUCAAUACAAAUGAAUUUUUUAGAUUUUUAAAUAAAUAUGGUUUUCAACAAAUGGAUAUCCAUUCACCAAAAGAUUCAUAUGGCUAUAUAUUUGGUAAUAUAACAUCUAAAAAAAAUACAACAAAACAAAUAACACUAUCUGUACUUGAUAGAAAUUUGUUUUUACAAUAUUAUGGUAAUAGAACAAUUAAAAAUAAAACAUUAGCAUGUGAAUUGAUGUUUAAAAACAUCAACGAAAGUUCAUAUGAUUCUGAGUGUAAUAUCGAUGGAAAAGAUUUACUAAGAAAAAUACCAUGUCCAAAAGGUAAAUUAUGUCAAGAUGAAGAUUUACCAUGGAAUGUGAUAAAAAAUCAUCAAUUUACAUAUGUCAUUACUAAAAAACAACCUGGUUUUCGAUAUGUCAGUUUGGUUGCUUGUUAUCGUAACAAACAAACAUGCCAGUGGGAAUGGUACAAUGAAAGUUUAGAUAUUGAUUAUGAUAUAUGGCUGGUUAAUGGAAAUCCAAAUAAUAGUGGUUCACAUAGCUUGACGUAUCAAUUUUCUUAUGAUCGUCAAAAUACCCUGGAACUGUAUUUAUUAUUUUUUUUGUGUUAUAUUAUAUUGGUGCCAUUACAAUUGUAUGCUGUUAGAUUGCAAAGACAUCCAGUUACCAGAUUAUUUACUGCUAGUUUGUUACUUGAAUUUUUGGCAAUAUGUUUGAUACUUAUUCAUGUUGUUAAAUUUGCAUUUGAUGGAGUUGGAUAUGAACAGCUGGAAGUUGCUGGUGAUAUUUUUGAUAUUUUAUCAAGGACAACAUUUAUGUUGUUGCUACUUUUAUUGGCAAAAGGAUGGGCAGUUACAAGAAUCGAACUCACAUGGAAACCAUUAGUAUUUUUCAUUUGGUUUUGUUAUGGAGUUGUUCACAUAUUGUUGUAUGUUUGGAACAUGACUGAAGUUGAUAUUGUCGAGGACAUUGAUGAGUACCAAACAUGGCCUGGAUGGUUCAUGAUACUAUUUCGAAGUGCAAUAAUGAUUUGGUUCAUUUUUGAGCUUCGUAAUACAAUGACUUACGAGCAUAAUACUCAAAAAUUAAAUUUUCUUCUUCACUUUGGAGCAUCAGCACUUGUCUGGUUCAUUUAUUUACCAAUAAUUGCUAUAAUUGCUUUGCAAAUAAGUCCACUGUGGAGGUUUAAAUUUUUACUUGGAAUAACAUAUUCUGCUGAUUGCUAUGCCUAUUGUGUGAUGGCACAUUUACUAUGGCCAACACGAAGUGAACAAUAUUUUUUACUUGCACAAGGCACAGACAAUGCUGAUGAGCUUGAUGAGUUUAAUGAAGCUCCACAUAUUUUAAAUAAUUACGUUGAGCCACCAGAACUCGGUAAAAUAUUAGCAUAAAAAUUUCAUUUUAAACAAUUUUUUUAUUGUUGUAUAUAUCAACAAAUAAAUUAAAACGAGUGUGAUGUAAUUUUGCCAAACUUUUUUUUUUUUAAUUUUUAAAAAACAAUUUUAAAAAUUUCAAAAUCAACUCGUGCUUAUAUGAGACUGAUGUACCUCUGCACGUCCAUUCAUAUAUUUUAUCAUUUUUUUUUUUUUUUUUCAAAUGGUAUUUUAUUGCCUUGUGCACUGUCAAUUUAUAAAAUUUUUGCAAAUUAGAUUUUUCAAAUUACUAUCACAUUUUAUGUCUGUCAGCAAAAAAAAAUUAUGUAAAUUAAAAUUUUCUAAUUUUACGAGAUUAUUAAUUAUAAAUUACCCAAGUAAAUUGUUUUUUUUUUUUUUGUUUUAAUUUAAACAAAAAAAAAAAGAAUGUCGUUGCUCAAGAAUUUUAAAUAAUGAGAUUUCGUUUUAAAUUUAAUUUUUAAUUAAUAAUUAUCUUCACGUCCAUUGAGAUAAUCUAUAUAUUUUAAAAAUAGAAAUUAAUGAACACUAGAAAAUUAGCUAAGUAAAAUACAUCAUUGUUGUAGAGUUAAAAGGAUGCAAGUGCUAUUUUUUUUUUAUAGAAAUAAUUUCGAUUUUAAAAUGAGAUUGUCGAAAUUUUUUGUGGCAAUUAUUUAUUAAACAAAUUAAAACAAUUAAAAUGAGUUUCUAUUGUUUAUGUUUUUUUUAUAAACAAUAAAUCAAUUUAGCGUUGCUGGGAUUUUCUAUAUUUCUCUGUAUAAAUAUUUUUUUUUAAUUCGAAAAAAUGAUUACUUUAAAAUUACUUAAAUAAAAUUUGUUAGUCAGUAUUUUAUUUAAACAAUUAUUAUUUAAUUAUUAAAAAUUACACAACCAAAAUCAAAAAGGCAUCAGUUUCUUUUUUUACAUGAAGAAAAAAUUUCUAAAUCUUUAGAAAAAAUUGCCAUAGAAAUUUGAUGAACGUCUUUUGAUUUUAACUUUUUACUUUUUUUUUUUUCUUUGGCACUUGGGCUUUUUUAACUCUACAACAAUGACCUGUAAUUAACUAAUAACAAUUAUAUGAAACAAUUAAAAUUAAUGCUGGCUAAUCAUGCAAUUUAGAAUUGUUGGUGAUAAAAAAAUAAUAAUAAUAAAAAAUAAUGAAUUAAGUAGAAUUUAGUUUUAUAAAAUAAAUACCUCGUAAAUUAUAAAAAUUAUCAAAUAAUAAUAAUCAGUAUAAAUUAUUAAUUAAUAAAUCUAAUUUUACCCAA